UAAAACGAAAUAGAAGAACUCACGAAGCAGAUUCAGAAGCCGGUGCUGGAGGGAAGAUGUGGAUUCUGUGUGCUGCACUGCUGGCUCUGGGCUCUGUCACCUCUGUGCAUGGGGACUCCAAAGCUGUUACAACAACACUAACCACAAAAUGGCCCUCUACACCUCUUCUGCUGGAGGCUAGUGAAUAUCUUGCUGAGGAGAGUCAGGACAAGUUCUGGGACUUUGUGGAGGCCAACCAAAACAUUGAAAAUGAGCACGAUGAAACAGAUCUGGCUUACUAUGAGCUCAUCCUGAAGAGGGCCAGUGAGCUUCUCAGUCCAGUGCAGCAGAACCUGCUCAAGUUCGCCUUGUCUCUGAGGGCAUAUUCAUCCACUGUUCAUUCCUUCCAACAGAUCGCAUCUAAUGAGCCUCCUCCAACCGGCUGUAAUGCUUUCUUCAAUGUUCAUGGACAAACGUCUUGUGACACAGAAAAACUUAAAGCCAUGAUAGAUACUGCCUUAGAACGACCAAAACCAUACCUGUUCAAAGGUGAUCACAAAUUUCCAUCAUCCAAUCCAGAUGCACCCAUUGUCAUUCUUUAUGCUGAGAUGGGCACCAAAGAGUUCGCCAGGUUACAUCAGUUAAUGCUUGCUAAAGCCAACAAGGGCCUGAUCACUUACGUUUUACGACACUUUCUCUCGAACCCCAGCAGAAAUAAAGUUUACCUGUCUGGAUAUGGAGUGGAACUGGCCAUCAAAAACCAAGAGUACAAAGCGAAAGAUGAUACACAAGUUCAAGCUGGAGCUGAUGUGAAUGCCACAGUAAUAGGUGAAAAUGAUCCUGUGGAUGAAGUUCAGGGUUUUCUUUUCGGUAAACUCAAGACUAUUUAUCCUGAGCUAAAAGAACAGCUGAAGGAGCUCCGCAAGCAUUUGAUUGAGAGCACCAAUGAGAUGGCACCACUCAAAGUCUGGCAGAUGCAAGAUCUCAGCUUUCAGACGGCUGCCCGUAUCCUGGCAGCUCCCUCUGUAGACGCUCUCAAUGUCAUGAGGGAUUUGAGCCAGAACUUCCCUAACAAAGCCAGGUCCAUAACAAAAGCAGUGGUUAAUUUAGAGAUCCGCAAGGAGAUUGAGGAAAAUCAGAAGUAUUUUAAAGGCACGUUGGGCCUUCAGCCUGGAGACUCGGCUCUGUUCAUCAAUGGACUCCAUAUUGACCUGGAUGUGCAGGAUAUCUUUAGUGUGUUUGAUGUGUUAAGGAAUGAGGUGAGGGUCAUGGAGGGUUUACGCAGUCUACUCAUAGACACACCCUACAUCCACAACAUCCUCAAACUCAACGUCCAACCAUCAGACUCUGACUAUGCCGUGGACAUCCGCAGCCCUGCCAUUAAUUGGAUUAAUAACCUAGAGACAGACGGCCGGUAUGCGUCCUGGCCCUCUAAUGUACAGGAGCUACUGCGGCCCACCUUUCCUGGAGUCAUUCGACAGAUCCGCAAGAACUUUCACAACUUGUUGAUGAUUCUGGAUCCUACCCAUGAGAACACAGCAGAGCUGAUCAGCGUGGCCGAGAUGUUCUACAGCAACAACAUCCCACUCAGGAUUGGAUUGGUUUUUGUGGUGAAUGAAUCAGAUGAUGUUAAUGGAGUGCAGGAUGCUGGUGUGGCUCUACUGAGAGCCUUCAACUACAUUGCUGAUGACGUGGACAACAAGAUGGCCUUCGAUGCCAUCAUAUCAAUGUUGAACAGAGUUCCCAGUGGAGGCAAACUGAAGGUGGAACAUGUGGUGGGUGUGUUGGAGAAGAGAUAUCCUUAUGUGGAGAUCAGCAGCAUCCUGGGGCCUGACUCUGCCUAUGACAACAACAGAAAAGAGGGAAAGGCUUAUUAUGAGCAGACUGGUGUUGGACCACUGCCCGUGGUGUUGUAUAAUGGAAUGCCUUUGCAACGUGAGCAGUUAGACCCUGAUGAGCUGGAGUCUGUUGUCAUGCAUAAGAUACUGGAGACAACCAGCUCUUUUCAACGGGAUGUCUACCUGGGUGAGCUGAACAGUGAUCAUGAUGUGGUGGACUAUAUCAUGAAUAAACCCAAUGUUGUCCCAAGAAUCAAUUCCAGAAUCCUGACCACAAGCAGAAAUUAUCUGGAUCUCUCCGCCACCAACAAUCAUUUUAUCAACGAAUAUGCUCGUUUUCUCUUCUUGGACCCCAAAGACAAGAACGCAGCUGUGGCCAACAGCAUGAACUACAUGAAAAAGAAAGAUGAUGGCAUCAUCCGUCCAGUGACUUUCUGGGUGGUAGGCGACUUUGACCAGCCCUCAGGAAGGAAACUGCUAUAUGAUGCUAUACGACACAUGAAAACCAGUAAUAAUGUACGUUUGGGAGUGAUCAAUAACCCCAGCGAGAGCCCAUCUAAUGGGAACAGCCUGAUCGCUCGAGCCAUCUGGGCAGCCAUGCAGACUCAAACCUCCAACAACGCCAAAAACUUCAUCACCAAAAUGGCUAAAGAGGAGACCGCGCAGGCUCUUUACGCAGGGAGUGACAUUGCAGAGUUUGCUGUUGGGGGCAUGGACAUCCCUCUUUUUAAAAGUGCAUAUGAGUCCCCUAAAGUUGACUUCCUGUUGGCUCACUCAGUGUACUGUCGGGACAUCCUCAAAUUGCAGAAGGGCCAAAGAGCUGUGAUCAGUAAUGGAAGGAUCAUUGGUCCGCUGGAUGUAGGGGAGGUUUUUAACCAAGAUGACUUCCUGCUUCUUGAGAGCAUUAUCCUAAAGACAUCAGGGGAGCGAAUCAAGGGCAAAAUUCAACAACUGGGCAUGGUAGAGGACAGAGCUAGUGAUCUGGUCAUGAAGGUGGAUGCCCUGCUAUCUUCCCAGCCCAAAGGUGAGGCAAGGAUUGAGCACACCUUUGCAGAAGACAGAUACAGUGCAGUGAAGAUCAGACCAAAGGAACAAGAAGUGUACUUUGAUGUGGUAGCUGUCGUGGAUCCAGUGACCAGAGAUGCUCAGAAACUGGCUCCCCUCCUCCUGGUCUUGAAGCAGCUGGUUAAUGUCAACCUAAGAGUGUUCAUGAACUGCCAGUCCAAGCUCUCUGACCUCCCGCUGAAAAGUUUCUACCGAUAUGUCUUGGAGCCAGAGGUUUCAUUUCUGGCAGAUAGCAGCUUUGCUCCGGGUCCCAUGGCUAAGUUCCUGGACAUGCCUCAGUCUCCUCUGUUCACCCUCAACCUCAACACCCCCGAGAGUUGGAUGGUUGAGUCCGUCCACACACGCUAUGAUCUGGAUAACAUUUACCUUGAAGAGGUUGACAGUGUUGUGGCCGCUGAGUAUGAGUUGGAAUAUUUAUUACUGGAGGGUCAUUGUUUUGACGUCACAACGGGUCAGCCGCCCCGUGGGCUGCAGUUCACACUUGGCACUGCCUUUGAUCCUGUCAUUGUCGACACCAUUGUUAUGGCCAACCUGGGUUAUUUCCAGCUGAAAGCAAACCCAGGAGCAUGGAUCCUCAGACUUAGGAAGGGCAGAUCAGAUGACAUCUACAAAAUCUACAGUCAUGAUGGCACAGACUCUCCAGCUGAAGCUGAUGAUUUAAUCGUCGUCCUCAACAACUUCAAGAGCAAAAUCAUUAAAGUGAAAGUACAGAAAAAGCCUGACAGGUUGAACGAAGAGCUUCUCAGUGAUGGAACUCAUGAGGACGACUCUGGAUUCUGGACUUCACUGACCAGAGGAUUUACUGGUGGUUCCAGACCAGAAGAACCCAAACCAGAGAAAGACGAUGUCAUCAACAUUUUCUCUGUGGCCUCUGGUCACUUGUAUGAGAGGUUUCUCAGGAUAAUGAUGCUCUCUGUGCUCAAACACACCAAGACACCUGUCAAGUUCUGGUUCCUCAAAAACUACCUGUCUCCAACUUUUAAGGAGUUUAUCCCAAGUAUGGCAGAGAAAUAUGGCUUUCAGUAUGAGUUAGUACAGUAUAAAUGGCCACGUUGGCUCCACCAGCAGACGGAAAAGCAACGGAUCAUCUGGGGUUAUAAGAUCCUGUUCCUCGAUGUGCUGUUUCCUCUCGCUGUGGACAAGAUCCUUUUUGUAGAUGCAGACCAGAUAGUUCGCACAGACCUGAAGGAGUUGCGGGACUUCGACUUGGAGGGGGCACCGUACGGUUAUACGCCUUUCUGUGAGAGUCGAAGGGAGAUGGAUGGGUACCGUUUUUGGAAGUCAGGGUACUGGUCCAGUCACUUGGCAGGGCGUAAAUACCACAUCAGUGCUUUGUAUGUGGUGGAUCUGAAAAAGUUCAGAAAGAUUGCAGCAGGAGACAGACUGAGAGGCCAGUACCAGGGUCUGAGUCAAGACCCCAACAGCCUGUCCAACCUGGACCAGGAUCUGCCCAACAACAUGAUCCACCAAGUUCCAAUAAAGUCACUUCCUCAAGAGUGGCUUUGGUGUGAGACCUGGUGUGAUGACGCUUCUAAAAAGAAAGCCAAGACUAUAGAUCUGUGCAACAACCCUCAGACAAAAGAGCCAAAGCUGCAGGCUGCUGUCCGUAUAGUAGCCGAGUGGAGUGACUACGACCAGGAGAUUAAGAAAUUCUACAACACCUUCGUUCCAGGUGGCACAACAGGCACCCAUCAGACAACAGACAGACAACACACAGGUGGUGAUAAGCAUACAGAGCUUUGAUCUGAAGCUCUACUGCCCAAGAAGAGGGGACUCUGUUUAAAGAGCCACCUAUUCUUUACCCUUUUUAAACCAAGCCUAUCCUCCAGGAACGGGUUGACAUUCGUGCUGAACUUGAACUUGAACAGAAAACAUAAUGCAAAUUUCCUCUUUUUUUUUUUUUUUUUUUUUUUUUUUUUUUUCUAGUGGUCUUUUGUUUGGAGGUGUUGGGAUCAGGGUAAAAGACAUGAAGGACAUUUGUACAUUUAUUAGGGCAGAGGGCAUCUCCUCUCACCAGGCACUUUUGAUGCUUAAAGGGAUAGUUCACCGACAAAUAAAAUUUCUUUCAUUACAUACAUUGUUGUUCCAAACCCACAUGACUUUUUUUGUGGAACACAAAAGGAGCUGUUAGGCAUAUUGUUAACCUCAGUCACCAUUCACUUUCAUGACAUGUUUUUUUUCUAUGCUGAAUGAGACCAACGUUCUGUGUUCCAUGAUGAGAGUGAGUAAAUGAUGACAGAAUUCAUUUUUUGGUGAUCUAUCCCUUUUACCCCCAAAACAAGCUUGGCUUGAUACACAUACACAUUUGCCACAUUCAAAAGCAGAUCCACUGGAGCAAAAAGACAAACACAGUCUCUGAUUGGUCUAGUAGUAACCAUAGGGAAUAACUUAAUUUAACGAGCCACUGAAACUGCAUGUGUACAUUUGUUUUUAUAUUAAAAAGGAUUUGAUAAAUGUCCCUGUUAGCUGUAAUAUCAGGCACGGACUUGCUCUCAAGAAAAUGAUUAAAUUGUGAUACAUGGGACACAGACUGUUCAUUUUAAAGCCACCCAUGUUUUUGAAAUGUCACGGCAGCAGUGAUGUCAUAAUAGGUUGACUUCAAAGCACAAAUCACUUCCCGGGACACCUCAUCUUUUAAUUUAGUCUCAAUGUAAAAAUCUGGAUACAUCUUUUGGUAAACAAUCUUUAUUUCUUUCUAGCUCACAUCAAUCCUGUCUGUUUUUGUGUGUGUAUGCAGUCUGAGAGUGGUGUGUCAAUUUCACUAUAUCUAAUGUAAGUGGUGACAAGGCAUUGUGUCCAAAAGGCAUUUUAAAAAUGUUAAUUCGCAUCACUCCUCAAAGAGAAACGUCAAAAAGACCAUUUGACUCAGGAACAAGCUAUUUGGUUGUUUUAGUCACAGCUGACUGAGGUUGAUAAAGGACUUUUUUUUUCAUUCUGCAAGGAGAUUUUAAUUUACUGACAAAUUUCUGUGGGCAUCGACAAGCUCCAGUAGUGUUGUCACAGCCUAAUGCUGGCUGAUGGUUACUCCACAUUAAAAUGAUUCAUAAUGGCAUGUUCAGUUAAUGAACCCAAGUCAAUGGUCCUUUUAGCCCCAAAGGAAUAAAAUUAUGUCUUUAGAAGGCUGCUUGUCAACUUUCCCUAGAUAUGCUGUUAGCAGGGAAAAAGUAAUUACAGGUUGUAUUUCUUUUUUUUUUUUCUUUUUUAUCAGGAAUUGUUUUAUUUGGUAUUCUUUGAUAUCACUGGAUUUCAUAUGUAGCUCAUUGAAGUAGUAAUGUUUUCUGAAAAUUUCUUUCAUGGUCUGUCACUGUCUAUUUCUGUGGUAAUGCUUUUGAGGGUUUGAGAAUGGCCUCUCUCGACCGAGAGCCCAAUACAUUUGAUUAUCGUAAUAAUCAUCAUCAUAUGUAAUGGGACUUUAAGAAAUAUGGAUGUAUGUUAGUUUUUCGUCUUAGAUUAUUACCUGGAAAUAUAUGCGUAUUGCCAAUAGAUCCCUGAGGCCAUAUGACGUCAAACAGACCCUGCAGAGUGAAAGGAAAACAGUGUUUGUACAAUGCCUUGUUUCGUUUUGUCUGAGAGGUACAUUAUGGUGUCUUGUGGUUGUCUUUAUCUACUGUAUUGUUAUUGAGUGCACUCAAUACAGGGGAAAAAGGACCGAUUUAGUUGCUAUGAUGAUCCUUGGGAAAUACUGUAAGAUUAAUUUUGGGAUGACAAUAUUUUGUAAUAAAAGAUGGACCAAAUUGUUGCUUUAA